AUGCUGUCCCUGUCUUACGCUACCGCUUCUACUUCCAGCUGCUGCCAUGACGACAGUGUUCCGCGCCGCGAAGCUUUUCUCCUCCUGCUCCUCGCGGCGACCGUUGCGCUCGCCGUUCCGCAGCAGCAGGACCUGCAGCUGCAGGACACCGUCCUGCUCGACGACGUCGUGGAGGAGGCCGCGGAGGAGUGGUACCACGGGAGGCACCGGAGGACGGGCGUCGCGUACCCGCUCGCGCUCCCGGGGAGCCUGUCGAGCGUGGAGGCCACCGUGGCGCGGUUCCGUGCCGGCAGCCUCCGGAGGUACGGCGUCCGCCGGUUCGGGGAGUUCGCCGUGCCGCCGGGCCUCGCCGUGCGCGGCCGCGCCGCGCACCUGAUCGCGGUGCGCGUCAACCUGGGGAACCUCUCGUCCCUCUACGACGAGUACGCGGUGGGCGCCGGGUACCGCCUCGCGUCGCCGGUGCUGGGGCUCAUGUUCUACGGCCUGGCGCGGCGCAACGGCACGGCGGCGCUGGAGAUCGACCUGACGGGCGCCGCCAUCCGCGUCAACUUCUCGGUGGCCGUGCCCGCGCUCCGGCCGGGCGCCGCGGCGCUCUGCAUGGCCGUGGGGCUCAACGGCAGCGUCACCGUGACGGACGUGGAGGACGGGACCAACACCUGCCACGCGUCGGACCAGGGCCACUUCGCGCUCGUCGUCGGGGGAGCCGGCGACGGCGGCGGCAGCGGGGAGGCGGACAUCGGUGAGGUGAGCAAGUGGAAGCUGGCGCUGUUCGGCGCGGCGCUGGGCGCGGGCGGCACCGUGCUGCUGGGGAUGGUCGCCGUCGCCGUGGUGAGCAUCCAGCGGCGCAAGUCGGAGAUGGCGGAGAUGGAGCGGCGCGCGUACGAGGAGGAGGCGCUGCGCGUGUCCAUGGUCGGCCACGUGCGCGCGCCGUCGGCGGCCGGGUCGCGCACCACGCCGGACGAGCUGGAGAGCGAGUACUGUGCCACAUUGUGA